AUGGCCAACGCCUCCCACGCCAUCCUCACCCUCUACCCACCAGCCAUGUCCGCCCCCGACCUCCCGCUGCUUGUCCUCGCCCUCCCCUCGCGCCCGCCCGUCGACCUCGUCAUCGACCUCGACGCUCUCGCCGACGCUACUCCGCGCACACAGCAUCCACGCCUCUUUGAGUACCGCAUUGUCGGUGACGACCUCGCCCGCCCGCUGCUCCUCGCUGCCCUGCGCCUCGGCAAGGGCGCGUCGCCCGACAAGUCCGCCCGCUGGAAGAUCGGCGCCGUCGUCGCGCCCGAGCUCCCGGAGCUCUCGCCGCUCGCGACCUCCACAGGUGACUCGAGCUAUGACUCGAGCGAUGUCGGCGACGGCGAGGCAUUUAGCUCGGUAAGCUCGAGUGGUUCCGCAGGGCUGGACCCGCUGCCGCCCCCGCCGCCACCGUCGCCGGCCCGCGACGCCAAGCGCCCGCUCCCCACUGAGGGGCGUCCGGCGCAAGGCGCGGCGCUGCCGCAGGUCUACGUCCUUCCAGCCUCGGUUAUCGCCAUCGGUGGCAUCUCUCUCCGGAACCUGUUUAUCACCCUCGUCCUCUGCAUCAUCGUCGCUCUUGCGGUCUGGUUCUCGCUCCGCUCCAUCGCCGCUGACGAGCUCGCCGAGCUGCGCGAGUCGCCGUUCACUGCAUAG